AUGGCCUGCAGCCCGAACGUCAUGUUUCUUUUUGUUCGAGCGGCCAUCGGCUACUCGUUGGCGUUCGUCAAGGUGAAAACGCUGGAAAAGGAGCUCGUGCAAAUGUUACAGGAACGAAAACGCUGCAUCGACAACGAGGCGAAAGAUCGUGAUGAAGACGACCAGCAAUCGCAGCAACGAGCCAUGGGCGUAACAGACCUCAAGGACCGAAUCAAACGGGCGAUGGAGACGCAGAAGAGUUGUGCGCGCUCCAUGUCUGCCACGUACGCCCGUCUGGUGCUACACUGCAGCAACUUUGAGAACCACAAAGAGGACGAGCGCUUCUUCGAGUGCGUCUACUUCUUCGUAUGCUCGGUGGUGAAGCUUGGGGUGGUUACAGAGUACUGGCGGCCGAUCGAAGUAGAGCUGGGAUUCCUCUUUCGCGGAGCUCAAUUCAGUGCCAACAUCAAGCUUCAUGCAACCACCGCCUACCAGGACGGACAUGUGCAAAAUACCUCCACCGAACCCCAAGAUUCUUCAAACUCCUCGUCGCACUCGGGUGCAAGAUCUCUUCUGGCAAAUAUUGCGAAUAUCGGCGGUAUCUGUCCUAACAACAACAACUCGGGUGUUAACGCCACCAACUCCGGGGCUGCUGGGAGCAAGAAGAUGCAAAGUCUGCCGGCUGCGAUUACGAAGGACAACGCAGAGCGCUUGAAAGCUGAGCCUGGAGCCGUGGUCUUUGAGGUGCCCAAGUCGCGCAUCUCACACUUCGCUCCGUCGGUCCCGGUGCGUCGCAUUGUGGCAGAGCUACAAGCCACCAAGAAUCGUGCAGCGCGCAACAUGGAGCUCUCUCAGGCACUUCGGGAUCGUAUUCGUACACAGCGCAGUGAAGAUCGCCGUUGGCAACUUGAAGCUGUCAUGAGUCCACGUCACAGUAUGGACCUCGACGCGCUAGAUGCCGAGCCCCCGCAUCUCCAUGAAGAGCACGUACACGACGCGUUCACCCGCGCUGAACCACCUGCUGCCAGCUACGGAGGAACGUGUCAAGCUUGCUCUCAAGUACGUACUUUCACAUCGCUCUCUGUACAUGCAAGUUGCUAA